ACUCAAAAGUCUCAAAUAGACGCUCUACCUUCCUCUUUCUUUUGCCCUCAAUAUUCCUUUUGACUAUAAAUUCUCUCUCUCUCUCGACACACAAAAACAUGUAUUCAUCUCUUGUAACGCCUUUAUUAUAGCGGAAGAUGCCAUGGGCAACCUCAUAGCCAGAAAUAGAAACAGUAGUGCUCGAAUUUCAAGAAACAAUACCAAAGGAAGUGGUGGAAGAAAUAAUAGUAAUAAUAAUUCUUCAGCCAUUGACAAUAGACCUUUAUCGUUAUCACAAUUAAGGCCACCGCGACGGUUAGCUCCACCACAGUAUCCUUCGCUGCCGCUGCCUUUACUGCAACCGCAACAAGCACAAUCCAUGUCUAGGGCACAAAAUAAGUCAGGACAGGAGGGAUCAGCAGCCAUGGGAAAGAAGGAUGCAGCAAAGAAAUAUGCUUUGAUUAAGGAUAAUUUCACUUCUCUUGAACAGGUUACAACUGCCUUAAGGAAAGAAGGUCUAGAAUCAUCAAAUCUCAUCCUUGGAAUUGAUUUCACAAAAAGCAAUGAAUGGACUGGUAGAAUGUCAUUCAACAAUAGAAGCCUGCAUGCCAUUGGAGAGACAUCAAACCCCUAUGAGAAGGCCAUCUCUAUUGUUGGCAAGACUUUGGCUCCCUUUGAUGAUGAUAACUUGAUUCCAUGUUUUGGCUUUGGUGAUGCAACAACCCAUAAUCAAGAAGUGUUUAGCUUUCACAGUGAUCAUACACCUUGUCAUGGUUUUGAGGAAGUUCUUGCGUGCUACCAAAAGAUAGUUCCAAACUUGAAACUUUCAGGACCAACUUCUUAUGCUCCUGUGAUCGAGGCUGCAAUAGACAUUGUUGAGAAAAAUCACGGCCAAUUUCAUGUGUUGGUUAUCAUUGCAGAUGGGCAGGUUACUAGGAGUGUCAACACUGAAGAUGGAGAACUGAGUCCUCAAGAACAGAAGACAAUCAAAGCUAUAGUUGAUGCAAGUGAAUACCCCCUUGCAAUUAUUCUGGUUGGGGUUGGUGAUGGUCCAUGGGAAGACAUGCAGAAGUUUGAUGACAAGAUACCGGCGCGUGGUUUCGACAAUUUUCAGUUUGUUAACUUCACUGCCAUAAUGUCUAAAAAUAUUGGCCCCUCUGAGAAAGAAGCAGCUUUUGCUCUAGCUGCUCUCAUGGAGAUCCCUUUCCAAUACAAAGCAACCCUUGAAUUUGGAAUACUUGGACGUGUAACAGGAAGAGCGAAGAAAAUAGUUCCAAAGCCUCCUCCAGUUCCUUAUUCCCGGCAUGUAAUGAGCAAUGCACAAGCAUCACCAGCAGAUGAUCGAAACCAAACGGCCUGCCCUGUAUGUCUCACCAAUGCAAAGGAACUGGCUUUUGGAUGUGGCCACAUGACUUGCAGAGAUUGUGCAUCAAGAUUAAGUAAUUGUCCCAUAUGCCGUGAGAGGAUCACUAGUCGUCUCAGGGUAUUCACUGGCUGAUUAGUAGAAUGAUGAUGGUGUGGCUUAUUAGGUUCGUAGGAAAUGUACUUAUUUGUUGUAACAUGAUACCUUGUUAUCUCUUCAAGGAUGGUUUCAGUGUGCUGAAAUGUGGAUGUGCAAAAUUCUAAUUUGUUC